GCUUUCACAUAACACAUAAACUACCUCUCAGGCUUCUUCACCAAGAUUGUUACAGUUCCGACCUUUCUAGCUAGAUCUAUAUAUAUUCACUUACUCUCGAUAAAGAUUAUCGGGAUCGAUGGCAACCCAUGUUCUCUUGAUUGUGCUCCCAGCUCUUCUAUUCUCCGUUAUCAUGGCUGAUCACAUUCCAUUGCAGGAUUUCUGUGUUGCAGAUGUCGGUAACAACCGAGCAGUACUAGUGAACGGGCUUUCCUGCAAGGACUCAAAGACUGUCCAAGCCAAUGACUUCUUCUUCAGCGGUCUUCAUCUCCCGGGCAACACAUCGAACCCUGUUGGGUCGAGGGUCACCCCAGUGACCGUGACCCAACUUCCGGGUCUCAACACCCUUGGCAUCUCUAUGGCCCGUAUCGACUACACACCGUGGGGCAUCAACCCACCCCACACUCACCCACGAGCCAGUGAGAUCUUGACCGUCCUGGAGGGAACCCUAGAGGUCGGCUUCAUCACCUCCAACCCCGACAACCGCCUCAUCACCAAGGUUUUGAGCAAGGGCGACGUGUUCGUGUUCCCAGUCGGCUUGGUCCACUUCCAGAGGAACGUGGGGAAGGUGAACGCAGUUGCUAUUGCCGCCCUGAGCAGCCAGAACCCGGGGGUCAUCACGAUCGCCAAUGCUGUGUUCGGGUCGAAGCCCGCCGUCUCUGCUGACAUCCUUGCCAAAGCUUUCCAGGUGGAUUCCGGUGUCAUCAAUAAGUUACAGUCAAAGUUCUAGAAGGAUGACAAGAGUAUGGGGCCAAGGAGUUCGGCGCUAUGGAGUAUAAUAAUUUAUACGAACCAUGGCUCAGUUUGUCUUUAUGUGCUUAUUUUUGCGUAUCUGUAAUUGAUUUGUUUGGUGUGGGGAGUGUUAUAUUUGUUGACCAUUUGGCAUUCAUUUAUUCUAUCCGAUGUUUGUUGUCUGAAAUCAUCAUUGUUAUUCUUGGAUGAAUUUUUAUAAUCUCAUUCCUUUCUAUGUUUUGGA